UUCUGGGCCUGGGAACCGCGGCCCGCUCUCGCGAGUCUUGCCUGGAGUCGGAGCGCGGGGCCAGGUCGUCAGGAAAGCUGUAGUUUAGGGCGAGAAACAUGUCGGAUUCAGAGCUCGGCAGGAAGUGGGACCGGUGCUUGGCGGAUACGGUCGUCAAGAUAGGUACUGGUCUUGGAUUAGGACUUGUUUUCUCACUUACCUUCUUUAAAAGAAGAAUGUGGCCGCUGGCCUUCGGCUCCGGCAUGGGACUGGGAAUGGCCUACUCCAACUGCCAGCACGACUUCCAGUCUCCGUACCUGCUGCAUGGGAAGAGCAGGAGCACUGACUGCGCCCGAGCGCGCCCCAGCGGGAGGUGAGAGCAGUCCUGUUUAUUCCUCAGGAACCCGACGUGCUCUGGAGUAGGCCGACAUUCUUCUGCAGCGGUGUUCCCAGCCAUGCUUUAAACUCCAGCGCACUGUUGAUGUAUUUGAAACCAAGUCUGUUUCUUGUUUUGUAUUUUCUCUCUGGAAAUUGCAAGGAGGUGGUCUUAAAAGAAAUAAAUUAAACAAAAAUAGGCA